AGAUCUUACAAGAACAUAUCAUCCGGAUAACGAAAUCGCCGGGGAAUGAGAGAGAAAACCGGUCACCGGAAAGAAGAAAAUAUUAUAAUGAAGAGGGAGAAGGCAAUUACUGACUGAAAAAGAAGAAGAAAAGCACAUUCCAAUGUCUUUUUCACUAUCAUCAUCCUUUUCAUUUUCUACUAAAACCACUCAUCUUUCCGAUUCGAUUCGGUUUUCCCUUCCAUCUCACUUGAAGGUGCGAACAAAUAUCUGGACUCGUCGACCACUCGGUUCCAGCUCCAUUAGUCCAUUGCGUAGACGCUCUUGUAAAUGCUGCUCGUCAAUGUCCGCUGCGGAGCCCGUUUCGUCACCCCAGGAUUACAUUCUGUACUCAAGAGCCUACUGGGUCAGUAGAACUGUAAUAGCUUGGAAUGUGAAUGUGGGGGAUGGUUCAUGUUUUUUGUAUGCAAGUAAAUAUGCUUCUUUGCUGAAUUCAGAUGAUGAGAUUCAAGGUUAUCAUCAUAAAAUCAAACUGCAUGAAGACACUGCUGGCCUCUCUGCAAAUGUCAAGGAAAAAUUUCCACAUAUACGAGAUUAUAGAGCUUUCAAAGUCCCUUCUGAUUUGGACGUCAAGAAUCUAGUGAAAUGCCAGUUGGUUAUUGCUGCAUACCAACCUAAUGGGCAAUUGAAGGAUGCUACUGGUUUACAGAUUGCUGGGGUCCUUGAUGAUUUAUUCUCAUACCAUGGGCCUCUUGGUGCAGUUUUCUCAAAGGAAUUUGUGACUCUUUACCUUUGGGCUCCAACUGCUCAAGUAGUACGUGCUUGCCUCUAUCAGGAUCCAUCAAGUAGCAGUCCUAUAGAAGUCAUCAAACUUGAUGAACUUAAUGGUGUUUGGACGGCUACUGGACCUAAGAGCUGGGAAGGUUGUUACUAUGUGUAUGAAGUCAGUGUCUACCAUGCCAGUACUUCACAAAUUGAGAAAGUCAUUGCGAAUGAUCCAUAUGCUAGAGGGCUUUCAGCUGAUGGUCAGAGAACAUUUCUAGUAGAUCUUAGUUCUGAUGCUUUAAAGCCUGAAGGAUGGGACAACUUGCCAGAUGAGAAGCCACCCCUUCAUUCUUUUUCUGAUAUCAGUAUUUAUGAAUUGCAUGUUAGGGAUUUCAGUGCUAAUGAUCCUACAGUGCCUUCAGAGUUCUGUGGUGGUUAUCUUGCCUUCACUUCCCAGGAUUCAGCAGGUAUACGUCAUCUGAAGAGGUUAUCUAGUGCUGGAAUUACCCACUUGCAUCUGCUACCCACUUUCCAAUUCGCUGGUGUUGCUGAUGAGAGGGAUAAAUGGAAGAAUGCAGAUAACCAGUUGUUGGAAUCAUUACCUCCUGAUUCUGAUGGACAACAGGCUCACAUAACAGCAAUCCAAAAUGAUGAUGGGUACAACUGGGGAUAUAAUCCUGUUCUUUGGGGAGUACCAAAGGGAAGUUAUGCAAGUGACCCUAAUGGCUCAUGCCGGACACUUGAAUUUAGAAAGAUGGUGCAGGCACUUAACCGCCUUGGCUUUCGUGUUGUGUUGGAUGUUGUGUAUAAUCAUUUGCAUGCAAGUGGUCCAUCUGAUGAGAAAUCUGUUCUUGACAAGAUUGUUCCUGGGUACUAUGUGAGGAGGAAUACUGAUGGCCACAUUGAGAAUAGCACCUGUACGAACAACACUGCAAGUGAAAAUUUUAUGGUUGAAAGAUUGAUAAUUGAUGAUCUUUUGUGCUGGGCAGUUGAUUAUAAGGUGGAUGGCUUUCGAUUUGAUCUGAUGGGUCACAUAAUGAAGCGAACCAUGGUUAAUGCAAAAAAUGUUCUCAGUAGCCUAUCAAAGGAUGCAAAUGGUGUAGAGGGAUCCGACAUCUAUUUAUAUGGUGAAGGUUGGGAUUUUGGUGAAGUGGCAAAAAAUGCACGUGGGACGAAUGCAUCACAAUUCAACGUACAUGGAACUGGAAUUGGGAGUUUUAAUGACCGAAUCCGUGAUGCUUUACUUGGUGGAUCUCCAUUUGGCCAUCCUCUUCAACAAGGUUUUGUAACAGGAUUAUUAUUGCAGCCUAAUGGUUAUGAUCACGGUGGUAAAGAAGUUGAAAAGAAAAUGCUAGCUGUAGCAAAGGAUCACAUCCAGGUUGGUAUGGCUGCUAACUUGAAGGACUUUGUGCUGACUAAUUGUGGUGGACAAGAGGUGAAAGGAUCGGAAGUUUAUUCAUACGAUGGGAUAUCAGUUGCUUAUGCUUCAAACCCAACAGAAACAGUUAAUUAUAUUUCUGCUCAUGAUAAUGAGACCUUAUUCGACAUAAUCAGCUUGAAGACUCCUGCAGGAAUAUCUGUUGAUGAACGUUGCAGGCUAAAUCAUCUGGCGACAAGUAUAAUUGCAUUUUCUCAGGGAAUACCAUUCUUUCAUGCUGGUGAUGAAAUCUUGCGCUCUAAAUCGCUUGACCGUGAUUCAUAUAAUUCUGGUGAUUGGUUUAACAGGAUAGACUUCAGCUACAAUUCAAACAAUUGGGGGAUUGGCCUUCCUCCUAAAGAGAAAAACGAAAGCAAUUGGCCUCUAAUUAGACCACGAUUAGCAGAUGUAUCAUUCAAGCCUCAACGCUCUCAUAUUCUUUUGGCUUUAGAGAACUUCAUAGAUGUGUUACAAAUUAGGUACUCUUCCCCACUUCUCCGUUUGAGGACAGCAAAUGCCAUCCAGCAAAGGCUAAGAUUUCAUAAUACUGGUCCCUCCUCAAAUCCUGGCAUUGUGGUAAUGAGCAUUGAAGAUGGUCAUGAAGGUCUUCCUGGUUUAUCUCAAUUGGAUCCCAUCUAUUCAUAUAUACUUGUUAUAAUCAAUGUCCAACCUACGGAUUCCUCAUUUACAAUUCCAACUCUUCGGCCUAGAAAUCUUCAAUUGCACCCCAUACAGAUGAAUUCGACAGAUGAAGUCAUCAAGAACUCGACUUAUGAUGUGUCUACAGGACAUUUCUGCAUACCCCCAUUGUCGACAGCCGUAUUUGUUGAGCAAAGAACAUCUGAAUGAUAACGAAACCACAUUGUCAAUGGAAUAAUUUCAUCGACGUUCCUUCCAUUCUUGCAUAUAGCUUCCAGAUUCUGUAUUAAAAGAUUAUUCAUGACAACUUUAAAAUUGUGUUAAUUUAUCAUGAUUUAAUUGGGAUAUACUUUAGGCUUUAUUUAUAGAUUAAAUAAAAAAAAUAAAGAAUUUGUACUUA